UGGAUGAGUAGCAACAGCAGCAGCAGCAGCAGCAGCAAUAGCACUAGCAGCAUCUCCUUUGUGGCUUGCUGGGGGGCUCGGUCACUAGAGCACCGCGCUCCCGCUCACAGACACACAGGCGCUCCCAGCGCCACCGUCACACACACGUAGUGGCAGUGGCAGUCGUCGUCAGAGCCGGCGCUGGGGCAGGGACAGGGACUGCUACCUUGACGACUGGAGCUACGGCGACAGCAGCUGCGGCACCAUGGCGCAAGCCGCCAAGCAGCUCCGUAAGAACAAGGACCUAGCGGAGCUCGCCGCUCAGGAGCUGAAGGAUAAGGAGGAGGAGAAGAACAAGAAGAGGAAUCGAUCGAGGGACCGCAGACGCAAGGCGGAUGCUGUCACCAGUUUCCUCCGUGCAGCCCGUUCAGGGAACCUUGACAAGGCUCUUGACCACAUCAAGAAUGGAAUAGACAUCAACACAUCAAAUCAGAAUGGGCUCAACGGUUUGCAUCUGGCCUCGAAAGAAGGCCACGUCAAGAUGGUCCUGGGGCUACUACACGCAGGCAUUGUCUUGGAGACCACCACUAAGAAAGGGAACACUGCCCUCCAUAUCGCUGCAUUGGCAGGCCAGGAGAAAGUGGUGGCUGAGCUCGUCAACUAUGGAGCCAACGUCAAUUCCCAGUCCCAGAAAGGCUUCAGCCCCCUCUACAUGGCUGCACAAGAGAACCACUUAGAGGUCGUUAAGUUCCUGUUAGAGAAUGGAGCCAAUCAGAGCCUUCCAACAGAGGAUGGGUUCACGCCGCUGGCGGUGGCUCUCCAGCAGGGUCAUGAGAACGUGGUGGCCCUGCUCAUCAACUACGGCACCAAGGGCAAGGUCCGUCUUCCCGCUUUGCACAUUGCUGCACGCAACGACGACACACGCACUGCCGCAGUACUGCUGCAGAAUGACCCUAACCCCGACGUCCUCAGCAAGACUGGCUUCACUCCUCUCCACAUCGCGGCUCACUAUGAGAACCUGAGUGUGGCCCAACUGCUAAUUAACAGAGGAGCCAAUGUCAACUAUACUCCCAAGAAUGGUAUCACCCCCGUGCACAUAGCUUCUAGGAGGGGUAAUGCGAUCAUGGUUCGGCUUUUGCUGGACAGAGGGGCCCAGAUAGACGCCAUGACCAAGGAUGAGCUGACCCCUUUGCACUGUGCGGCCAGGAACGGUCACGUGAGGAUCAUCGAUCUACUGCUGGACCAGGGGGCUCCCAUCCAGGCCAAGACCAAGAAUGGCCUGUCCCCCAUCCACAUGGCGGCUCAGGGUGACCACAUGGAUUGUGUGAGGCAGCUCCUUCAGUACAACGCUGAGAUCGAUGACAUCACGCUGGACCACCUGACCCCUCUACAUGUGGCGGCCCACUGUGGUCACCACCGCAUGGCCAAAGUACUGCUGGACAAGGGGGCCAAGGCCAACGCACGUGCACUGAAUGGGUUCACUCCCCUCCACAUCGCCUGUAAGAAGAACCACAUGCGCUCCAUGGACCUGCUUCUGAAACACUCUGCCUCCCUGGAGGCCGUCACAGAGUCUGGUCUGACCCCCCUGCAUGUAGCAGCCUUCAUGGGCCACCUGAACAUUGUGAAGAACCUGCUCCACAGAGGUGCUUCUCCCAAUGCCUCCAAUGUGAAAGUGGAGACGCCCCUCCACAUGGCUUCCAGGGCAGGCCACUGUGAGGUGGCUCAGUUCCUGCUGCAGAAUACAGCCCAGGUGGAUGCCAAGGCUAAGGAUGACCAGACCCCUCUGCACUGUGCGGCCCGUAUGGGACAUAAGGAGCUGGUCAAGUUGCUCCUGGAGCACAAGGCCAAUCCUGACUCGGCUACCACCGCUGGCCACACCCCCUUACACAUCGCCGCCCGUGAGGGACACGCCCACACCACCCGGAUUCUCCUGGAUGGGGCGGCCCAACAAACCAAGAUGACAAAGAAAGGCUUCACUCCUCUCCAUGUGGCCUGUAAGUACGGCAAGGUGGACGUGGUCGAGCUGCUGCUGGAGAGAGGAGCCAACCCCAACGCGGCUGGAAAGCAGAACGGCCUGACUCCUCUACACGUGGCCGUCCAUCACAACAACCUGGACGUGGUCAAGCUGCUGGUCAGCAAGGGAGGCAACGCACACAGCACUGCCCGGAACGGCUACACUCCUCUGCACAUUGCAGCCAAGCAGAACCAGAUGGAGGCGGCCAGCUGCCUGCUGCAGUAUGGAGCCUCUGCCAACGCGGAGUCCCUCCAGGGGGUCACACCCCUCCAUCUGGCCUCACAGGAGGGCCAGCCAGACAUGGUGGCCCUGCUCAUCUCCAAGCAGGCCAACGUCAACCUGGGGAACAAGAAUGGACUGACCCCUCUGCACCUGGUGGCCCAGGAAGGUCACGUAGGGAUAGCAGACACCCUGGUCAAACAGGGGGCAUCAGUCUACGCAGCCUCACGGAUGGGCUACACAGCGCUUCAUGUGGCCUGUCACUAUGGCAACAUCAAGAUGGUGAAGUUUCUCCUGCAGCAGCAGGCUCAUGUGAACAGCAAGACCAGAGUGGGCUAUACUCCCCUGCACCAGGCUGCCCAGCAGGGCCAUACUGACAUAGUCACCCUGCUGCUCAAACACGGAGCCCAGCCCAACGAGAUCACCACCAAUGGAACCUCUCCUCUGGGCAUUGCCAAACGACUUGGUUACAUCUCUGUCAUUGAUGUGCUGAAGUUGGUCACCGAGGAGGCCGUUUCCGUGAUCACCACAGAGAAACAUCGGAUGAGUUUCCCUGAGACAGUAGAUGAGAUAUUGGAUGUUUCAGAGGAUGAGGGCGUCGCAGCGCUAACGUUAGGUGAUGAGUUGCUGGGGAUGGAUGGUGCUCGCUACCUGAAGCUUGACGACCUCAAGGACCAGGAUGAUGAUUUCCUGUCCCCUAAGAAGACCCUGAGAGACUUUGAGGGCGGCCUGGGCACCACGCCCUACUCUCCUGCAAUUCCCAGAAUCCCAUGCGUGUCCCCUGAAACUGUCCUGCUUGAGGGGCACACCCCUGUCCCCUUGCCUAAGGAGUAUGAUGAGGACUCUCUGAUCCCCAGCAGUCCUGCUACAGAGACCUCCGACAAUGUUAGCCCAGUGGCCAGCCCCAUACACACAGGGUUCCUGGUCAGUUUCAUGGUGGAUGCCCGGGGGGGCUCCAUGCGUGGCAGCAGACACCACGGGCUGCGUGUCAUCAUCCCCCCUCGGACCUGUGCUGCCCCCACCCGCAUCACCUGUCGUCUGGUCAAACCCCAGAAACUCAACACCCCACCCCCGCUGGUAGAGGGAGAGGGCCUGGCCAGCCGUAUCAUCUCCCUGGGGCCCUCCAGUAUGCAGUUCCUAGGGCCAGUGAUAGUGGAGAUUCCCCACUUCGCUUCUCUGGGUCGAGGGGACCGGGAGCUGGUGGUUCUGCGCAGUGAGAACGGCUCUGUCUGGAAGGAGCAUCGCAAUCGCUAUGGCGACGAGGUGCUGGAGACCAUUUUGAAUGGCAUGGAUGAAGACCUGGAGAGUCACGAGGACUUGGAGAAGAAGAGAAUCCGCCGCAUCAUCUCCACGGACUUCCCCCUCUACUUCGCUGUGGUGUCCCGCGUCCAGCAGGAGAGCGACCUGAUUGGCCCAGAGGGCGGUCAGCUGGCCAGCAUGCUGGUCCCUCAUGUCCAAGCCAUCUUCCCUGAGACAGCGGUCACCAAGAAAGUUCGACUGGGGCUGCAGGCUCAGCCUAUCCCAGACGAGCUUCUGACUCGACAGCUUGGUAACCAAGCGACCUUCAGCCCAGUGGUCACGGUCGAACCACGACGACGCAAGUUCCACCGGCCAAUAGGAUUACGCAUCCCGCUGCCCCCGUCUUGGAGGGAGAGUUCACGUGACGCUGGGGAGGGGGACACCACCAGCCUGCGCCUCCUCUGCAGUGUCAUUGGUGGAACAGCACCAGCCCAGUGGGAGGACAUCACUGGCACCACCAAGCUGAUGUACACCAACAACUGCGCCAACUUCACCACCAAUGUCUCUGCAAGGUUCUGGCUGGCAGACUGCCCACGCACAGCCGAGGUGGUGACCUUUGCCAACCUGCUGUACCGGGAGCUGAUGGCCGUGCCCUACAUGGCCAAGUUUGUAAUAUUUGCCAAAAUGAACGAGGCGCGCGAGGGCCGCCUACGCUGCUACUGCAUGACCGACGACAAGAUGGACAAAACCCUGGAGCUGCACGAGAACUUCAGCGAGGUGGCCCGGAGCAGGGAUAUAGAGGUGAUGGAGGGCAUGCCGCUGCACCUGGAGUGCUCUGGGAACCUGGUGCCUGUGAGGAAGGCCACUCAGCAGCCACGCAGCUUCAGCUUCCAAGCCUUCAGAGAUAACAGACUGCCCGUCUCUGUCAAGGUCAGAGACAGCAAUAAGGAAGCCUCUGGGUUCCUUUCUUUCCUGCGGAAGUCUACCAAGUAUGAGGAUGCACAGCACGUGCUGUGUAACCUCAACAUCACCAUGCCUCCCUGUGUCAAGGUUGUUGGGAGUGAGGAACGGAGGCGAACUCUGACCCCGUUGGCCCUGAGGGAACGCUACAAUGCGCUGAACGAGCCCGGUCUGGCUACAGUGAAUGUCAUGGAGAGGACCGAGCUCAAGAUCUCCCUAAUAUCCGAACAGCUGGGAUUGAGCUGGGCAGAGUUGGCACGGGAGCUGCAUUUUGGUGUGGAUGACAUUAACAGAAUCAGGGUGGAGAAUCCUAACUCCCUCCUGGACCAGAGUUCAGCCCUGCUCAAUCUGUGGGUUGGCCGGGAGGGCAAGAGGGCCAAGAUGGAGAGUAUAUAUGUAGCUUUGAAGAACAUUGACCGUUCAGACAUUGUGAGUUCCGUGGAGGGCCAGCCACAGACAGGGGCCGGGGCCUCAGAGGAGGGGGCCUGCAGACUGGUUGACCACGACUCCACCCUGCUCUCCCCCAGUGUUAUCAAUGGUUACGGACUUGUGCAGGAAGAGCUGCUCUCCCCAGCCUCCAUGCAGUACAGUCUGCCCUCUCCGCUGGGAGCUGAGCCCUACUGGCAGGAGGUCUCCAGCCUGGAGUGUGCCCCCAUCGCCACCACCGAAGAAGACACCCUGAUGGAGAUGUCAGACGUGCAGGUGUGGCCCUCGGGGGUCAGCCCCUCCCUGGUCACAGUGGAGGACUCGUCCCUGGAUGGCAGCAGUCGGGCUGACGACUCAGAGGGGGCCACCCUGUCCCUGCCCUGCAGCCUGAGGCGCCCCAGCAGUGGGGCCAGUGGCUCCAUCAUAGAGCUGGAGGAGGAGGAAGAGGAGGAGGAGGAAGGGGAAGUAGAGGAGGAGGCGCGGCAGGAGCUGGCGGACAGGGACCGGGUGAGGGCCAGCGGCGCCGUGCCAAAGGUCAACCUGAAUGGCCAGCUGGGAGGUCAGAGGUCGGAGGGCAGGAGGGUGGAGGUAGCAGCAUCAGUGGUGGGCAGCAGUGUGACUGGAGGAGGAGGAGGAGGAGGAGGACUAAGACAUAGUUCAGAGGAAGGGCUUUCUGUUGUUGCAGGGCAGCAGGUUUAUGCCCAGCUGUGUGAGAUGUCAGGACUGAGCCGAGCAAUGGAGCACAAUGGAGACAACAGGGUGGUUGGGGGCGGUGCUUUCCAGCCGUACCUCCCCAACAAGGACUCCCUGCGCGGCUGGGCAGGGUCGCAGGCGCCCAGGCUGCCCCGGCAGAGUGUGGAGACGCUGAUGAUGUCACCAAGGUCUCGUGUACCCCAAGAGGCUCUGCUGACACCGAUUGAUGCUGAUAAAGAGGACUAUGCUGUUGAGUUCCUGGCUGAGGAGCAGUUGGUGGACGAACAUGGAAACGUUGUCACUAGGGAGGUGGGGGUGGAUGUGAGGAAGGGUGCUCAGUCAGUGAAGCGCAACAGUCUGCGGAGAGUAAAACACUGAAACACACAUACCCAGUCCUCAAGAACCGGACAUCCACUGCCAAACCAUCCUCCACAAACAAAACGCCAGGUGACAGAGGACAACAAGGAGGAGACUAGAGAAGACUGAAAGAAGGACUAAGAUCAGCAAACAACAAAUACAAACACAACACAUCAUCUGCAGUAUGACCCUGGAUCGCCACAACAAGAAGAAACGAGAAGGAGAUCUACUUGUAGUUUUGUAACAUAAAACAAAGAUACUUAACUAGAGUAGGGCAUGAUUUUUUUCUAUAAAAACGUCAUAAAAUCCAACCAGAAAACAAAAAACAAAAAAGUGCUUCCUGUCAACUGUAAUUGCAUGAUUGACUGCUGGUGCAUGACCAUUGACCUUUGAACUGUCAUUAUCUACAAACUCAAUUGGUACAAGUUAUGGGGCCGACCCAGGACUGACUGGGUCAGGGACGAGUUUAAGGACCUCCCACCCCCCCGCCCAAAAGGAUUGGUUGGUGUUAGCAAGUUGAGUCUGGUAACACUACUGCCAAAAAAGCUCAUAUUUUUUCCGUCUUCAGAUUGCUAUGAUACAGUCAAUCCAAUGCUGAGCUUACCAAUGCUUCUUUCACUUGGACCCUAUUUCCUUGUUAUUCUAUGUGAUAUAUGCACUAUGCUCUGUGGAUGUGUGUCUGUGUGUGUAUGUGUGUGUAUUUCUACCGCAUGUGUUCUCUCGCUUCUGGCUUGGCACUGAGCCGUGUCCUGAUUGGUCAGUGCUCCUGUGAUGUCACGGUGUGCUCAAUGUGGGAAUGAGAAACUCACCGUGCUCCCCUCCUCGGGAGCGUCUGUCUGUGUGUGACGUCUUUCCUUUGUGAACGAGCUUCUCGUGUUCCUUUAGCUCUGUUCACCCCAGUUCCACUUUGUCUGGCUUGGAUAGGGACUAGCUUCCCCCCCCCCCCUGUUUUAGGAGGGUGUGCUUUAUUCAGACAAUGGGAAUGUUUUUCCAGAUGGGAACAAAAAAAAAGUUUGUCGCUUGAUAGCAUUGCGUGGCAGCCAGUGUAUUCUAACAUUAAUGCCCAAAACAUCCCAGAUUUACGGUAGCAUGGGGUCCCCUUCCCCUCCUAUCCCCCCCUUUGCCAUGUUGACACCACACUCCUCUCCAUCAACUCCUGUAGCUCCAACUUAAAUCUCUACCCAAUCAGCUUCAUCCACCGCUUUCUCUCAUAUUCUCUCUGUUUGCUGUGGCUAUAGCACCUCACGACAUCGCCCUUUUGUGGUUCACAUUCAAUUGUGCUUUUGAUUUGAGGGGGUGAAGCAGACAGGGGAUUAAUGAUCAGUGUGGAUAUUCAUAUUCAUGGGAAAGAGAUGGAGGUAAAUGUGAAGGUUUAGAUGGAAUGCUAGAGACUAGCAUAGCUAAGCAAGUAAGGACAGACUGACAGAUAGCACUGUGAUCGCCCAAUUUAACACUGACCCCUGAGCCCAUGUACCCUGUACUGUGAACUUAGACACACACACACACACACCUCAUAAAUGCAUACACACACUCACAUAUAUCCUUAAUACACACAUGCACACAGCACAUACAGUAAUUCAUUUAUUGUGCCCUAGUUGUUAUGAGAAGCCUGGUCGGACUCAGAUUAUGUACUUUGGUGUCUGCCACAGCAAUAAUAUCAGACAAGAAGGGAGUGUGUGUGUGUGUGUGUGUGUGUGUGUGUACAGUGGGAGGGUGGGUGUUCUGUAUCUGCACAUUAUGGUAGCAUUUAAAGCAUUUCUCUCUCUGAAAUUGGUGCAGACAAAUCAGAAGCAUGCAUGUAUACAAAAGUUACAAUCCAAGACGGUAUGCAAACAGUUUUCCCCUCACAAAUGUGAUCCUUUCAAUGCAUUCACGAUUGACAUUUCGUAAUGGUAGCUCCUCUGUUCCUCUGACCUUCAUGUUGUUGUAUUAGCAUGGUGGCACUGCCACCUGGUGUUACAAAGAGGUAUCACAGACUAGAUAACUGGAUUAGCGCUAGUAAAGGUUUCGGAAAAGGAUUUGGUCCAGCACUUAACGUAGCAGAUAUUACCCAGGAUAUGCUAACUUCAUACAUUGAAUCUUAGGAAUGGAUCUCUCAUGGUAGCAUUUAUUUACUAUAUAUGUAUGUAGUGUGGUUGGAGUGAAUGUGACUGAAUGAUUUAGUGAAUAGAUUAGUAACACGUCACCGACACGUAUUCCCUGCCAAUCAGUGCACAUUAAAACCUCAUCUGUUAUGCCACAUAUAUCACAUAUCACUUAUCAUUCACUCUUGUUCCACUCAGGUUUCAGUUCUAGCAGGAUCCAAGUUUUGCCCUGUUUUUGAGUUCAGAGCCCUCUGUAGAAAGAGAACCAUGGGUGUUAACAUGAGUGCUGCGGAAUCAGUUUGUGUGUGUGUGUGUGAGAGUGUGUGUGAGUGUGUGUGAGAGAGAAUGUGGUGGAGGGGUCAUUGGUAACAGGUGAGGUGUAAUUAUAAAAGGGUAUCCUUUAGUUAGUAUGUUGGUGGAUUCCCUAGGUGAAAGGUCCGUGGUCUUUAAGCCUCACCUCUCCAGGUCACCUAAUUUAUCUUAAAACAGCAGUGUAGCUGAUUGACUUAUGUUGCUGCUUUGGGUCCGAAUAGGCUAAUGAUGAAGAAAAGUGAGACUCUCAAUCAGCAAUUGAUAAGUCAAUCAAUCUAUCAAUCAGGUUUUCCACAAGAACAAGACACUGAUACCUGAUAUGGAUGAGAUAUAGAGACCAUAGUCCUGAAAGGUAUUUCAAAUGGAUGUACAGCAUGUUUGAUUAAUCUCAGAUGAAGGGGAUCUGUGUAUGUGGGUUUAGAGGUUGACAAGAUCAAACUGAAAGUUGAGCCGGUCCACAAGCCUUUGCACUGUGAGAACUGUAGACUCCGCCAGUGUGUGUGUGCAUGUGUGUGUGCUUGUGGUGUUCAGAAGGUUGAUGAGGAGAGAUGGACAUGGUUUUAAAACUAGGGACACAACAUGAGGACAUGGAAAUGAUCAUGUAUUUUAAAGAGUAUUUUAAAAUUACUGUUGCAAAGAAUAGAGAUCACCUAUAAUCCUUUAGAAUGGAAACGUGACAAUAUUAACGCAAUAUGAUAUUACUCUAUACUAAGGAAUGCAACUGCACACAUGCACAGAAAAUGUUUUUAUGAAAAUGUAUGUAUAAAUAUAUGACAAAAUAUAUUUAAUUAGAAUGCUAUGCACCCUUAUAGAGUUGUUAUGGAUGUUCUUUAAGCAUAUUAACUAGACUAUAGUA